ACGUUAGAGAAACAAAGGUUGCGAGGAAACCAAUAUACCUUACCGCUAUUUCAUCGUGUAUUAACAAAUAAUCGCUUAAUAAGUGUCUUUUAAAAUAUAACAUUCUGGAUUUAUAACAAGCCACCAAGGAAUAUCAUCAAUCAAUAAGGUAGUGGUGGAUGAAAAGGUUCUGAGUAGAAGCUGAAGGAGAAUACUUCGACAGUAAAGUUUGACAUGUCUCAUCGUAUGGAAAAGCGAAUUAAUGAGCUGAGGGAUGCCAUAUCCAACUACAGUCCAGGUUCAACAUUUCGUAUUGCACGAGAUCGGCCAACCGAACCUCCAAUUGCUCUCCGAAUUGGGCUGUUCGGUCCGACGGGCGUGGGCAAGUCAGCUUUGAUCAACUCCAUGAACUACGCCACGGGACCGAUGUGGGAAAAUAGAGCCCCCGAGGGUUUCGCGAGCGAAGCUUCCAAGACCCUUGCCCGCAACGCUUUCCCGAUGACGGAGAAGAUUACCAUGGUUGAUAAUCGUGGAAUGAGGAGCCUUGGAGGGCCGUUCAUGGUCGAACUCGGCCAUCAAAUAGCUGGUGUGUACAACGACGAGCAGAGUGUUGAAUGGGACCACGGUUUUCUGCGGCGUGUGGUGGCCGGGCUCGAGAGGACUUUCAGAGCAAAGGUAGACUGUGAGAUCCACUGCGCUGUCCUUGUUAUCAGUGCUUUGAACCUGAGUCUUCGAGCCACAGACCUGACUGAACUCAUUGAGCAGAUCAAGUCUAUGACAGGCCAUCCACCGAUCGUUAUCAUCACUCAUCGGAGACACCAUGAGGUACGGGAGGAGGUGAUCACUGCUUUCCGAACCGGUCUGCAGCAGCAACGCAUCGACUACGUCUACGAGCUCGAGAACUACACCACGGACGAUCACGGGUACGAUGCCGAGAAGCAUCUCGUCCUGCUCGAAGCCCUCUAUCAAUGCGCCAUCGUUGGCGACAAGGUUAUGAAGUACAAGGAGAGCAACCAGGGUUGCACUAUUCUGUAAUCUGUAGGUGACCAUUGAAGCCUAUCCCUGGGCACCGUAAUACAAAGCUUACCAAUAUUGAUCAUAACUACGAUUGAUUCUUGCAUUUUAUUGCACAUAGUGAUCAAUGACUCGGAAAUCAAUCACACCAACGUUUCAUUUAGUUGUUUUGAGAAUAAUUCCUGCUGGCAUUAACAGGGAGCUUAUUAUCAAAGCAAUACCAUGCAGGUGAAUUGAUGGGUGAGGGGGUCACAGGUGGGAAAUUAAAUAAAAUGAAAUGCUAAUUAAUCAUGUACUAUAAUCCUAUGUUUGGAUUUUAAUUAAUACAAUUUGAAUUGAAUUGAUUUGAUUUGAAUUGAAUUGAAU